UGAGGCAAAGCUGGACAAUGUAAAGAUCGGUGUGAUGAAAAUCUGAGUGUGUGUGUGAUUUUGCAUGUGUGUGUACGUGCUCAUUGACCUGAAGUUUUUUUUGUGGGUGGACACUAAAUGAAAGCUACACUUAUAAAAAUUACAAAACGUGUUGAAGAUCAGAUCUUGAAACCUCUGAUAUCAUCUUUUCGCCUGCACACAAUUAAAGAACAAGUUUCACAGGACCUGCCAUCAUAAAAAUAAGGUCAGCAUGGGAGACUGGGGAUUCCUCUCCAAACUUUUAGACAAAGUGCAGUCUCACUCAACCAAUAUUGGAAAGAUUUGGCUGACAGUUCUGCUGAUCUUCAGAAUAAUGGUUCUUGGGGCUGGACUGGAUAAAGUCUGGGGAGAUGAACAGUCCAGUAUGGUCUGCAACAUCAACACUCCUGGUUGCCUGAAUGCAUGCUACGACCAUAUCUUCCCCAUUUCCCAUAUGAGAUUCUGGGUGCUCCAAAUCAUCUUUGUGGCCACGCCAAAUCUGGUUUACCUCGGCUACGUUCUGCACGUCAUCCACAAAGAAAACAAACUGAGACAGCAAUUACAAAACCAGCCAGAGAAACAUGGCAUCAAACAACCCAAAUUCACUGAUGACAACGGGAAGAUUUAUUACAAAGGGAGCCUGCUUGGUUGCUAUAUGUUGAGUAUCUUUGUGACUCUUUUGUUUGAAUCAGGGUUUAUUGUAGGCCAGUACUAUUUAAUUGGGCUUUGGAUGCCCACACAGCUAGAAUGUAAUGUAGACCCUUGCCCUAAAAUUGGCCUGCAUUGUUUUACAUCCCGCCCAACUGAAAAGAGCAUCUUUAUUAUCUUCAUGCUUGUUGUGGCGUGUGUGUCUUUGGCUUUGAAUCUAGGUGAAAUGUUUUAUCUGAUGGGUCGUAGGAACCAGCACAAGAGGACAACUGCAGUGGCUGAAAUUCAGAAAUUAACCCAAACUCAGACAUUUUGCUAAAUGAAACAGGUGAAACAAAGUAGAUUUACAUGUAAAAAUAGUGUUUACAUCUCUUAUGUAUGCCAUUGUAUGUGUUUUAUAUUAGCUUUGUAGAAAUAAUUGGCUUGGUAGCCAUAUGUACACUGUUUAGCGAUUAUCAUGAACAUUAUUAUUUUAGCAGUAGCCUACACACAGUUCAGUGAUUAUUAUGAGCAUAAUUAUUGUGAACAUGUCAUGUGUCAAAUAAAAAUACACAUAAAACAACAGCGAAAA